AUGGAGAAGCGAAUAGUAGGUAAGUUGAAGGGGCUUCAGGAUAUCACUGCUAGAAUUGGCGGCGAGGUGGUCAGUGCGCCCCUCAAGGCUGCCGAUGCGACCGUUGGGGCAUCCGUGAGGACCUCAGUAAGUGCCGUCCGUGGGAACACCAAGGACGUCGUUAACUUGACGAAGUCCGGUGUACUGGAAGGCUCCGCAAGGGGGGAACAGACAGAUAUGGCCAAAUCGAAGUACAUGAUGAAGAACAUCGCCGGGCUGCUCACUACCGCUUCUGUGUAUGCCGGUAUGGAUGAGUCGCAGGACUCUGCGUCAGAAGUAAGCUCUGUUUCAAUGGGAAAUCCAGAGGACUCUCGUCGCCUACCGGGACCGCCCCUGGAAAAGAGGAAGCCGACUCUGUUCGAGCUAUCAGUGACGCCCACGGGGGAUACGCCGUCACAUACUGAGCAGUUUGCCCUUUCGGGGACUGUGCAGCUGUCAGAGGGAGAGAAAUGCGUGUAUCAGUCGACGGCAUGGCUACUCAAAGAGGUGCUUGUCCAGGGCCGACUGUUUGUCACGACAGCGCAACUAAUAUUCUACGCUACUUUGGCGAAAACAUCCACGAGCACAGUGUCCAUGACCGGUAAUCUGGGUAUGAAGUCGCGUCUGAAGGGCUCUACAAGGUAUUGGUGCAUCCUGCGGGGCCCCAUUUUCUCAAUGUACAGCUCCUCGACGGAUGUGUACUUCCCAAAUAUGACAGUUGAUCUGAGGAAUGUUGAGAAGAUUGAACUAGGCUCGAAGUUGGAUUCCGGUUACGUAUUUAAGAUUAUCAUGAGAGACAAGCGAACGUUCAAAUUUGUCGCCGAUUCAGAGUACUCGGCCAAGAAUUGGUUCAACGAAUUGAGAAGACAGCACUUCACCUCCAACAACCUAACGACCUCAGACGCAGAAAGUAGGUCGAUCACUUUGAAAGUGCCUCUGGCAAAUAUUCUAAAACUGGAUGAUGACAAACUCAUAAACCAGUUUGUGGCGCUGAAUCUAAGGGCUUUGGAGAGCAACGAAUCAUUUGCCGUCGACGAUAUUGUCUUCAUGUUUUUUGACAAUUCAGGGCCCAGGGCGAGACAGGCUAUACUAAACCAACUCAAACAGCUGGAAGAGGACGGAAUUGAGCUAGCAUACAACAAGCACAUAGAUGAAGAUUACGAUAAACCGGCUACCACACCUUUGUUGCACUCACCACCUUCUGAUCUAUCGACACAGAGUUUACCCCAAAAACGGACGGGAGCAAAAUCAAAGAGGAAACUAAGUUUGACUAGACUGAGAUCUAAAAGUGGCAGUUGGUUCCACAAAAUAGGUGAUUCAGAACGUCCAUUCCAAUUUCCGUCCAAAAUUGAGGAGAGUAUUGUCAUUGAAUCCCAUAGGUUUAUUGGUGAGUCUCCGGAAAUUAAGAACUCAUUGGUAUCACCAAUCUCUGUGAAUGAUACUAUUGACAGCCUACAGGAAGCUCUGAUAUUGACCGAGGAAACUGAUGAAAAUACUUCAAAGAAACGGGAUAAACUAACGAACAAGUUUAAAAAAGUCGGCGAAAUGUGGGCGGCUAAACCAAACCACUAUGCGAAUAAGUCAGUCAAAUUUCCAAGCAAGACUGGGGUUUGUUUAAUUGACGGUAACGAGUUAACAAGGGCUACUGAAAGCUUUCAAAAUCACUUCGAAUUGAGUGAAGAUCAGAGGUUGAUCAGUACUUAUUACGUCUAUCUGAACAGAAACGUCCCGACCUACGGUAAAUUGUACAUCGGCAAAGACACGCUAUGUUUUAAGUCAUCCAUCCCUGGGAUAAACACGAAGAUGAUAUUACCUAUAUGCGAUAUCGAAAGAUGUUACAAAGAGAUUGGGUUAAGGCUGGGUUAUUUCCUACUGGUACUUGUCAUUCGAAACAACAACGAGCUGACCUUUGAAUUUAGUACGAAAUUAUGCCGCGACGAUGCAGAGCAGAUAUUAUCUCAGUUGAUCAAUUUAGUGUCGCAACGUAACUUGCAUGGAAGUCCCACUCUCAACAGCAAUGGUGCUGACAACAACCAACAAAUGCUAACCAACAACUUCAUAGAGUCCAAUGCGGAAAGCGCUAAACUGAAGUUUUUUGAGGACAAGUUUGUUGGAAAAGGUUUGAACAUCCCUUUACUAAUAGAUGCCAAUUCCCAAUAUAAAGUCCAAAUUAAACCAGUGAAGAGCUACAACAUUGCGGCUUUGACCAUAGGCUCCAGAGGUGAUGUACAACCAUACAUUGCUCUAGGGAAAGGCUUGAUAAAAGAGGGACAUAAAUUUACAAUAAUAACACAUGGUGAAUUCCAAGAGUUUGUAGAGGGUCAUGGUAUUUCGUUUAUUCAAAUUGCAGGUAAUCCAGCUGAACUGAUGGCGCUGAUGGUAGAGCACGAAUCCAUGAAUAUAGGAUUGCUGAAGGAUGCCUCUUCAAAGUUUUCCGGCUGGAUUUCUAGUCUUUUGAAGUCUUCCUGGGACGCAUGUAAGGAUAGUAACUUUGAUAUAUUGAUCGAGUCACCUUCUGCAAUGGCAGGCAUUCAUAUAGCCGAGGCUCUACAAAUUGCUUAUUUCAGGGCGUUCACUAUGCCGUGGACGAGGACGAGGGCAUAUCCACACGCCUUCAUUGUACCUGAUCAAACCAGGGGUGGGAGCUACAAUUAUUUGACGCAUAUGUUGUUUGAGAAUGUCUUUUGGAAGGGGAUAAGCGGCCAGAUAAACGAAUGGAGAGUACAUUCUCUUGGACUGGAAAAAACAAGUUUGGAGCUAAUGCAGCAGAAUAAGGUACCCUUUCUUUACAAUGUUUCGCCCACGAUAUUUCCACCUUCCGUUGAUUUUAAUGAGUGGGUGAAAGUGACAGGAUAUUGGUUUCUAGACGAAAAUGAUACCUAUGUCCCGCCCAAACCAUUGACAGACUUUUUAAUAAAGGCGCGGACACUUGGAAAGAAAGUUGUGUAUAUAGGGUUUGGUUCGAUUGUAGUCUCAGAUGCCAAAGAGAUGACGAAGGCUUUGGUAGAGGCUGUCGUCAAGGCAGACGUUUAUUGUAUUUUGAACAAAGGAUGGUCGGAGAGAUUGAAUGACAAAUCAGCAAAGGAUGUGGAAGUAGAACUACCGGAUAGUAUUUACAAUGGAGGAAACAUUCCACAUGAUUGGUUAUUCCCUCAAGUGGAUGCAGCAGUUCAUCACGGUGGUUCAGGAACCACUGGUGCUACAUUGAGAGCAGGCUUACCAACCGUAAUCAAACCCUUUUUUGGUGACCAGUUCUUUUAUGCAAAUAGAAUAUCGGAUAUUGGUGUUGGGAUAUCGUUACGAAAACUCAAUGCUGAAACGCUAUUCAACGCUUUGAAGGAGGUUACUACAAACACCAAGCUGAGGGAAAAAGCCCAAAUAAUUGGAACUCAGAUCAAUAAAGAGGAUGGUGUGAUGACGGCUAUAAAUUGCAUUUACUCGGAGCUGGAAUAUGCCCGUAGUUUGAUAGUUGCAAAGCAAAGCAAAGAAACUAAAUUGGUGACGCAUGCAACCGGCACUUUUAAGAAAACUGCAGAAACUGGUACGAAAUCUGUUGCCGGUGCUAUACAAACCUUAUUACCUGAUGGCUCACAUACCGACGAAUCUUGGAUCGUUAUUUAG